AUGCCCGUCUCCGCCGCCACGGUGGCUCAGUCCAACGGCACCAGCGCCGCUACUGUCCUGGUCGACUCCCAGCCGGCACGGAAGAGAAGACGGUCAAGAGAACCCGACUGGCACACCUUCUACAAGAACGGCCUCCCAAAGGAGAUCAUUGUCAUUGACGAUGACUCGCCAGAGCCAGAUAAAUCAUCUGUCCCGGCCGUCUCCAAGACCCUGGUAAAUGGCGCUGCAAAUGGCAGCCACACAAAUGGGGUCAACAGCGGCACCACAAAUGGCACCAGUGCUCGCCACAUCGCCAAAAAGAGGAAGCGAGACGAUGACGGCGCCCGCUAUGAUCCAGUCCACCACAGCAGACUGAAUGGCUCAGCAACAAACACUCCCCAUCACAAUGAGACCCCUAGUGGCUCGACUAUCUCGAGUGAUCGUACAAACUCGGCAAUCCAUACCACCGCAGCCACCUCACUAGGCUCGCUUUCGUCAAGCGGCCAUUACGACUACGAUACGCAGCCCGGCCAGAAGAGGAAGCGCACACGACAACAGAUUGCAAACGAAGCCAAGAGAAGAGAACUCGGUUUACUCGGACAAAGCUAUACCAGUUAUCGGCCGCCUCCCCAUCCUGUCAAGAAGGCAUCAGACGUCCACGUUCGCGUUGUCCCAGACCAUGCCUACAACAAAAACAUCAAAGUGGAUGAUGACGAUGGCCACUACAUUGUCGUUCCUGAUGCGGAUUUGACCGAAAAGUAUCAAAUGAUCAAACUGCUCGGACAAGGCACAUUCGGCAAAGUUGUGCAAGCUCGUGACCGCAGAAAGAACGAAUUGGUCGCCAUCAAAAUCAUUCGGUCAGUGCAAAAAUACAGAGAUGCGUCGAGGAUCGAACUCCGAGUCCUUGCAACACUCAAAGCAAACGACGAGGAAAAUCGGAACCGGUGCAUCCAUCUCCGCGAUACCUUCGAUUUCCGAGGUCACAUUUGUAUCGUCAUGGACCUUCUCGGCCAAAGUGUAUUCGAUUUCCUGAAGGGAAACAACUUUCGUGGCCUGUAA